CUUGGCGCCGCUCCACAAGCUCUUCUUCUGUGCCGAUCGAUGCAACCACUUGCUCAUGGCGCUGGGAUCGCUCGGCGCCAUCGCGCACGGCCUGGCGCUGCCGAUUUCCUUCUUCUCCUUCGGACGAUUGGCUCAUGUUCUUGGAUCGGACAGGGAUCUUCGGCACAUGUAUCACAGCGUGAUAUUUCGAGCCGGAUUUCAUGAUCGUGCUGUGCUGCUCGCGAUCGAUCAGGUGGCAUUGGAUUUCCUGUGUCUGGGAUUGAUCCUCUUUGGCAGGUCUUGGAUAGGUAGAGGGAUUUUGUUCUUGACACAUUUGAAGGGAUUCUUGGCUCUGGGUGUUGCGUGCUGGAUCCAGACCGGAGAGCAGCAAUGCAGGAAGAUCAGGAUCGGCGGCACGAUAUCUCGUUCUUCGAUGGUGCCGAUGCGAGAACUGGAGAGCUCGUUAGCAGCAUUUCCUCCAACACUUUGGUCAUUCAGCAGGCCAUAAGCGAGAAACUCGGACUUUUGAGGCUGGCAGCCGUACCGGUGGUCAUUCUGGCUGGAGGUCUCUAUGCUCAUGUCAUCACUGGCGUUUCAUCCAGGAGCCAGAAGGAACAUCAGCAAUUUCUCAAAUUCGGAGAGUCUGUUCGUUCCUUGGCGAGCAAACAACGAUCGGUCUGUACACCAUUGCUCUCGGUUCUACGCUACGUCCGGGAUCGAGCAGGACGUGCCAAAGGGAUUGGAAUGGGAGCAAUGUGCACGUUGCCCUUGUGUUCCUGGGCCUUACUGAUGUGGUACGGUGGCAUUCUCGUAAGAAACGGCACGACAAGUGCUCUAUCUACAAUAUUUUGCGUGCUCUUAGGCGCCUUUGCGAAACUUUAGACGACAAGAAUACGAUCAGUAACAGUGAAGAGUCAACGGAAUUUUGUCUUCAAC